ACAAUCUGCUCACUUCUGGAACCUGUGUCGCCGAAUGCCUGCAGCGGUGAACAUUUUCGCGGUCCUGAAAAAGAAGGACGGCAACCACCAAGUUCUGGUGGUGAAGCAGUACCGUCCUCCGAUGGGAAAGCAUACCAUCGAGCUUCCAGCGGGUCUGGUGGACAAGGACGAGUCGCCUCAGGUGCGGCGAAAGGGGGCGGUUGACGGGACAUGCGAGCUUUUCGUUCCGCACGUCUGCUGACGCGUGCCUGAGGGCUCCCCGAACGCCAUGUG